UGGCUGAGUUUUAUUUUCUCUUUUGAAUUCAUAGACAUUACAUCGGAGAAUGUCAAUCGCAUGCCCUGAUAUAUUUGUCCUCCCUGGGGAUGCUUCAGACAACCCCCACUCAGGGAUCGUUAACGGGCGCGGCCCUUGCAGCUGCAAGAGCUGACGAGAACGGUAAAGUUCAUGACUUUCUUUUUCCUUUUGACAGCGGGCGUUAGCUUAACGAUCUCUUAUGCGACUCUAGGCGAAGGCAAAAGGACUGAAACACGACCCCGUCAAUUGUUCUCGAUGCAGCUGAAGCCAUUGGUGGAAUCAUUCAAUCAUGCAAUUUCCCAGUUUCCAUGUACCAACUUGUCGGAGGCUGUCACCGUGGGCGUUUGCCAGCUGCGAAUUCGUAUAAUUGACGGUCUUCAGCUCAUGAUUAUCAACAUGGCUUCGGUGCAGUGCAGAUUGACUGCCCCUCAUCAAGAUGACCCUGGACACAGUGAUGUGGCUUGCAUCCUGCACCGCACUCGUUACUAUGUUGCGCUACGGUGCGUGUACGUGGAACGUUACCUGUUCGAUCUGCACUCACCCACUCUCAACGACAUUACGCGACUUCUCUCAGAAUGCAGUAACCUUGUACCUUUGCAGGGCUCGAUGAUGCAAGCCAGCCAGAUCUGACAUCGGCCAAGAAGAAAAUGACACUUGCGCGUCUGCUGACCUAU